CGUAAGACGUGUCACUUUAUUCGAGUAGAUUCGCAGUUCGGACUUUGCAUGCUACACCACUCGGGGCAGUGCAGUUCAGCUCGCAAUAAUUGGCUGUGCAUACAUUUAUUAGCCCUAUGGCGGAGUGGAGGGCUAACAUAAUUCAUGAAAUCACCGCAGCAAGUCGUUAUGGUUCGUGGUCUUGGUGGCUGGAACAGCACAUCUUGGCAAAACAAGUCCUUUUGUGGUUGCACAACUCCGUCUAGGGCAUGCCGAUUUCCUGCUCGAAUUUGAGAAACCGAUAUCUCUCCCUCAUCAUACCGUACACCUCGAGGCCUUGAACUCAUAGCGCUCUCUUACUAUCUUAUUCGCCAUGCGGUCAUCUUCACUUUUACUGGCGCUCGUAGCUGGCGCGGCUGCGAACGACUCUACGCAGCUAAGACAACCGACUGAGAGAGAUUUAACUCUAUCAUCGAGAGAACCCACAAGGCCCGCCUCAAUCAAACUGGGUCAAAGAGAAACGUCUCCAUAUGCGCAUGCCAAGCGUGACGACGAUGACCCUCAUAAUCCCUUCUAUUAUCUCCACGACAUUCCCAAUGGGAAGGACCCUAAGAACGACGACGACGACGACGAUGACGACGAUGAUGAUAAUGACGAUGACAAGCACAAUCCCAACCCCGGGUAUUAUAUGAAUGGUGGAGCUAUAGCGGGCGCCGUGGUCGGUGCUGUUUUCGGGCUCUUCAUACUAGUGGGGCUCUGCUAUUGCCUCUGCAUCCGACCGAGAAGAAGACAGGAACAACAUAUGGAGGCCGCGAGGAAAGACGUCGAAGUCGAAAGCACACAUCCUCCAACCACACCACCAAGAUCCCCGGGUAACGACAGUAGUAGCUCAUCCGAGCAUAUUCACUGGGUGCGCACACCGUACCCUAGAAACGUCCCAUCCGUCCAGACCACAUCCACGAUAUCCGGUCUGGCUCUACCGACGCCGGCGAUGGGUAACUCCCCCUCUAUCGCCGCCGUUUCACCUCCCUUAUCUCCCACUUAUCACCAUACCAUGAGUGACAAGCCCCCCGCGUAUGCGGCGGUGAUCGCUCUUCAAUCUUCUGAGCCGCAGCCCGAAGCUACGGCGUAUCAGAUGGGACAAGUUCCCGUACCUACAGAACCACCCAUGUACCAGUUACCCAUAAUACCGGCACCUGGUGUGUCGGAUAUGAAAGGAGAACCUAUUUCGCGGUAUUAAGGAAAACCGUAAUUUGAUAGGGAUAUUGAUGCAUUUGAAUGCUACGCUGUUUAUGAGGUAUUUAGGCAUUUUGGUACUUAGGUAGUUAGAAAGGGAAGAGGGGUGACAGGUGGAGUUUGAGGUUUUAGCGAUAGAUAUACUAGAAUCUCUUAAAAAGUCACUGCUACUUAAUGCCUUACUAUCUGAGCGAGAGUUGGUGAUAUGACAUUGCUGGAAGCAUGAUCAUGAUACAGGGGGUUUGAUUGUUUUUUGCGUUUUUCUAUGUCUGUGGAGGAUAAAAAGCGACAGUUCUGUUUCUCCUUAUAAAAUGCCUGUAGAAAAAAAACCCUUAA